AUGGCAGGGGUUUCUGUUGUGAUCGUUUUGUUUUGGUUUUUCAUCGCCAACAUCGUCCAAGGAACAGAUUUUGACCAUUAUGAGAGAAAGAGACACCGUUCUCGCAGAUCCCCAGUGACUAAUGCGGAUUUGGAGAUCAAACUCGACUCCAUCAUAUCAAUGCUGGGAAUGUUAAAUGACAAAAUUGAUUCACAGGAGCGGCGUAUUUCUGUUUUAAGCCGACAAGUUAGCAAUGUAAACUGCAACGGAGAAUCAAGGCAAGGUAGGAAAAACUGCACGCGAAGUGUACACAAAAAAUACAUACUAAGCAUUCUGGAAACACUCCUGCUUUGUGGCUCAACACGUAAGCAAGGAAAACAAGCCCCAAAACACUAUCUUUGUUUAGAGUAGUGAAAGAUUGGUUGGUAAAAUACUUCAGCGCUGAAGCGAUACCACUGAAACGAAGGAAAAGAACGGUACAAUCGUUCGUACUCCUGACAAGAACUGAGUACUUAUUUUUCCAUCUGUUUCAAGCGUUAAGACUCCAAGACAGCGCAAAUGCAUUCACUCCUUUUAAAUUCACUCGCGACAUUCUCGUCAUUUUUAUCGGUCGUGUAGGCACGAUUAUUUCAUCGGAAGGUCCAACCAUAACUGCUUUGUGCUAUUGUCGGAAGGACAUGUCAGCACCUUUCAUUAUCUUCUCUUGACACAGGGGAUGGGUGAAGGGAGAGGAGGGUCAGUCACGCACUUUUUGCGUCUUCCUCUUUCUGCCUUUCUGCCUUUGUUGCCUCAUUGUUUUGAUGUCCACUGCUUUUUGUAUCAGUUCAGUUCGAAUACUAAAGGUAGGCUUAAACGCCCACAGAAAAACGUGGAUUAUGUAUAAACUUCCCUCCAAAGGCGGUUUUUAUUUCUCACUGUCACGCGUGAUUCUAAUAUUUAGUUUGAGAAACCUUCCCAUAUCCUUCUAAGUGUCAAAAUUUAAGGGACAGAAUAGACUCUAGAGAUGGAUCGUUUACAUAACUUUUCCUUUAGUUCCUCGUGAUUGUGCUGAUGUUUACAAGUCUGGUCGUCACAAAAGCGGUAUGUACACCAUUGACCCUGAUGGCGAGGGUACUAUGGAAGUCUUUUGUGAUCAGGUUAGUACAGGAUUUCAUCUGUGAGAUAAUGGAGACAGCGGCUUUGACAGGGUUUUAAACUUGGGCAUAUUACCAAGGAAGCAUUUUGCUGGAAGGAGAAGCAAAGAAGGAUGUAUGAUCAAUUUUUUACAAGCUCUCGAAUACAGCCACUGGCCACUUAUGUCAAACUGAAAUGACAUACCAAUUUGCUCUCGUAACAUCAUUUUCUAACAUGACGGGAAGGCUUUGAGGACAAAAUAUUGCAUAUUUCCUACAACAAGGGUGUGGCUGAGGGGAGGGGAGGUCUUAGCUAGGGCUCGUGUAAACACCCCUCAAUGUCUAAAAAAAGUUAUAAAUUAAAGGAAAUUACUAUCAGGCAAGAAGUGGAUCCCCUUCAUAUAAAGUACUUCUUACUCACCGCUCGAUAGAUAUUUGACUGAGAGGAACACAAUCUGUGUCGCGAAAGCCUCAAACUCUAUUAAGUGACUGAUGUCAUCUUCAUCUCGAAGAUGGAAGAUUUUCAAAUAUUAUUGGUGUAGUCACUAGCGCUCUGAACCUAACCACCUUUACUCCCUAUAGUUAUCAAGAAACACGGUUAAUAAAGCCAUGAUACUCAGUAGUGCUAGAAGCACUUCGUGGCAGAAGUGCGCUAUUUGUUCGUUUCUGAAUCCAUUUUUUUUUCUUGUUUCUUCGACAGACCACAGACGGCGGUGGCUGGACAGUAUUUCAGAAGAGACUUGACGGCUCGGUUAACUUUUUCCGUGAAUGGAAUGAGUACAAAGAGGGGUUUGGCUCUGCUGGAGGUGAAUAUUGGCUGGGACUGGAAAACAUUCACCGACUGACCCAUCAGGGAAGAAUGGUACUACGCGUGGAUUUAAUUGGAAAGCAACUUCAGUCUGCGCAUGCUUUGUACAAGGAUUUUGUUGUCUCUGAUGAAAAGCUGAAUUAUACUUUGGGGCUGGGUUCAUACACAGGUUGGUCUUUGUUUUAAUCCGCUUUAUCUUUCAAUUAAUGUGUAUAUUGUUAGAAGUUAUUUUCUAACACACGUUGUUCAGUUGAAGGUUUCUUUGUUCUUCUCUUUCUUACAUACAACAACAUCGGGACUAGUUCAGAUCUCUCGAUGAAUGUGUGGGUCACCGCUAAUGAAGGUGACGCUUACUGAGCUGUCAAUCUCUAACCUUCGUCAUGCUUUUACCCUUAACUAGCGAAUUACGUUAAGCUACGUAGAGCGGAGUUCGCAUACUAAGUCGGUACCGUCGAGAUGUUUACGCUUCACAAAUGAUUUUCUACCUUAAAUUUCUUAGUCUAACGAUCAAGUUCGGGUAAAACAAAAACGAGAUUGACAAUAUCAAAAUUAUGAUAAACUUACGAACAGAACUAAAAUCAUAGUUGAGAAGAUAUCUUAAGAGAAAAUAAUCGUCGAAGACAGAAUAAACGGAAAAUUCGGAGAAGAAAGGGCGUACCCAAAAUACCGCCCCUAAAAGGGCUAAGAGCUAUUCUUAUUAGUUACUUGAUUAUAAAUUCAUUGCGGAGGAUGAGGUACUACAUGUUUACACCUCAAGUCACCUCUAAGAAGAAGAGGUGUCGAGCGUGCUAAAUUAUACCUGUAAGAUAAGACCGCCAAAAGGAGUAAGAAAUGAUCAACUGGCCUAUUAUAAUUUUUACUGAAUGGCUUAUGGUAAUAUAUUAUUUCCAUUCAUUUUCAACGUUUAAAUAAGUAAAAAAAAACCUAUAAUGAAAAUUCUUGCUCGAUGCUAAUUUUCUUUCAACAAUAUGCUUUUAGAGUAUAAUAAGUGAAAAACCGGUGAAAUUUUGAGGCUGCAAGCACAGUCAUUUUCUGUAACAGAAAACAGACCAGAAUGCCGCAUUUAUUGAAAAUAAUAAACACAUCCGUUAGCUUCCAUCACUAAACCGUAGACUUGUUAUGUAUGGGAAACUUUCCCAGACGAUUUUUUUUUGGUGGAAGGUUUUUUUUUGGUAGUUUUUUUAAUUUGAGUACUUUGCACCUCACAGUAAGAAAGGUUUUAAAGGGAGCGUUUUGUGACCUAACUUCAGACCUUUCUCUGCAAAGUUAAGUAGAAAGUAUCUAUUUAAAUAUAGCGACAGCUUCUUGAGAUCCAGAAGUUAAUCACUCUUGUUCUAUAGGAACCGCAGGUGAUUCUCUGUCCUGGCACAACGGAAUGCAAUUUACGACCCGCGACAGGGAUAACGACAAGUCCGCCGAGGGAAACUGUGCGCGGUUCUACAUGGGAGCAUGGUGGUACAACGCCUGCUUAUUGUCCAAUUUGAACGGCGUUUACUUUCAAGAACCACAGACAUCGUAUGCCAACGGCGUGAACUGGAAGACUUGGGGUGGCCUUCAACACUCUGCGUUUCGAGCGGAAAUGAAAGUGCGACCAGUGGGAUUCAACGGCAAGCAGUAAUACUGACCGCGUGACUAUUCUGUAUUCAUGCAUGCUCGGCUGAGCCAAAAAAAAAGCUGUGUUAGUGUGCCUUCAUAAAGCUGAAAUUUGUUGUAGAAAGCCUCGAAAUGAAGGCGUUAGAGGAAGAAGUUUUAUCUGUCAUUAUCGAAUGCUUGUUUUCAAUAAACGACUUUAAACUUUCCAUAAAGUUGUAUAGGGU